ACAUGAAAUUCGACCGUUGAAACAUUAUUGUUUUCAAUUUCUAAAAUAAGCAAGCAAAAUAAUUUAUCGUUGAAAAACAAUUUCAAAAAAAAGAUCAACCAAAAAUGAAAGGUUUCGUAUUUGUAACAAUUGUUCUGGCUAUGUCAUUGUUUACAGCAAUUUAUGCUCAAACCGAAUUACCUCCUUGUCCAGAUGCAGAAAGCAUUUUUGAUAUUAUCAAAAAAACAAUGAAAAUGACAUUUAAAUUUGGCAAAGAUGCUGUAGAAUACGUUGAUUGUAUGCGAAAACAUGCAAGUGCUUGGUGUGUUUCUGAAAUAAUAGCAACAGAAGGAUUUUCAACCACUACUUGUGAUGAAAAAUCUUUGAAAAUAUGCGGACAAUUAUUUCGUGAACCUUUUAAUCCCACAAUCUAGUUACUUUAGAUUGUUUGAUAAACAAAAAAUUGAUUAAUAAUUAUUUCCAAAAUAAUUUAAUUUGACCGGAUUUUUAUUCCCAUGUUUCAAAAA